GAUUGUUGCGCCAUCUUUGGUCAACUGUUACUUUCAAUAUGGCUCCAGUACGUCUACAUAAGUAACUCGUGUUGCGGUAGUCUCGCGGACGGUUCCUCGUUUGUGAAAUUUUUAAUAGUGAAUUAAUAAAUUUUUAUAUUAAAACGAUAUUCCUCAACGGGGGAACAUUUCUGUUCGCAAUUGAGUCUAACAAGAAAACGGUUAAAUUAAGUAAAAUGGGUCGUUCAAGAUCAAGAACGAAAUCGCCGAGCAGAAGGCGUCACAAGAGCAAACAUUCUCGCAAACGAUCCAAAUCUCGUGAAAAACAUUCUAAUAACAAAUAUUCAGAUAAACCAAAAGAACGCUCAUCAAAAUCGAGAAAAAGAUCCCAUUCACCAUCAUCUAGUACAGGAUCUGAUGCAUCAGACGAUGUACAUAUAGUCAGUCAUAAAAAAAGAUCCUAUAGAGACCGAGAAAGGAAAAUGGAUGAAGUCGAAAGGCUAGCUGAAAUGGAAAGACAAAGACGACAACGUGAAGUGGAACAAAAGAUGGUUGAAGAAGAAGCAGCCAAACGUAUAGAGGAAUUAGUACAGAAGAGGGUUGAGGAAGAACUUGAGAAACGUAAAGAAGAAAUAGAAGCGGAAGUACAAAGACGGGUAGAAGAAGCAAAAAGGGCAAUGGAGCGUCAAAUGAUGGAGGAGAUGGAAUGGAGACAAGCAAAACUGCGUGAGGAGGAGAAACGAAGAGAGGACGAAGAGCGGAAGAAGCGCGAGGAGCUAGAGAGGAUCAUGGAAGAAAACAACAGGAAAAUUGAAGAAGCUCAGAAGAAAUUAGCCGAAGAGAGAUUGGCUAUGGUUGAAGAACAACGUCUUAUGGAAGAAGAAAGACAACGAAUGAGAAAAGAACAUGAAAAACGUGUUAAGGAGGAGCAGAAAAAAAUCCUAGGCAAGAACAACUCAAGGCCUAAAUUGUCGUUUACGCUAAAACCAGUUACGUGAGUUUGUAUUAUAUCGUGCAAGUAUAUAUGUGAUAUUCACAUAUUCUUGUCGGUUUUGAAAUUAGUUCAUAACCAACAAGAAUAAUACUCGUUUGCUGCGCAUAGAAAAAUAUUUCAGUCAAAUGCAGCAACAAAUUCCCAAAGUUUUUGUGAAUUUUAUUCACUGUGAUUGUUGAAAUCUCCAAAGCGUUGAAACGUCAUUUGAUUAUGACUUAAGUGGAUAUGUCAAAAUUGAAUGAUAGAUUUCAUGCUUGAUAGGUUUCAUUACAAUCAUAAAUGGGACUUUAAACUUUUUUUUAAGCUACACUUACAUCAAAAUUUAUUCUAUCUUACGUUAACUAUAUUUCUUCAUUAUUCGCUAUUAUUGCUUGUAAUUUAAUGAAUUACCCACAGACGUACAGACGGCUGUGUUAAAUAAGUCAGUUAAUUCUAUAUUUGGUGUAAGUGCGGUUUAAAUAUAUGUGUUCCCAAAUAUCAUUUUAAAUAGUAUGGAUUUUCUCUUAUUGUAUUAUAACAGGAAAUAAAAUUUUGUUUCAGUUAGAAUAUAUAUAACGGAUAUUAUGUUAGGGUACAUUUGUAUUUUCUAUAGAGAUAACAAAUUUGUCUCACACAGUAAAUAUAAAAGUAUGAAACUACAAACUGAUUAAACUAUUCCGUUAUUGAAGUUCAAUGUUAUUCAUUGGUUGUAUGAAACAACAUGCACACAGAUUUCUUUAAUAUCUGCGAUACGUGAUACUUCACUAUUUAACAGUUCUAGUUACAUAUUUGAAAAUUCUGGUAAAAGACAUCUGUUAUGGCGUUACUAAAAUUUUACAUUAUUUAAAUCAAAACAAAAACAGAAAUAAAUAAAUACGGGAAAGUGAAUGGAUGAUCUAAUAUGAUAUAACAGAUUGAAAGUAGAUGGUUUUGUACGUAUUGAAAUAUAAGUGCUGACAUUUGAAAAAAUGUCCUUUAAUGAAUCGUGUAUAGAUAUGUAUUUAAAAAAAAAAGAAAAACUGCAAAAGGAAAAAAAAUCUGUUCAUACAGAAUUGUGUACCCGUGAUAUUGUUACUUGUAAAAUAAAUACGUUUUUAUUA